AUGAUUGAUGCUGAUGUUGGUCCAGUUGCAGGAGUCGGAUCCCAAGGUCGCGGUAGAGAUUCGGAUGCCCUAUCUCUGCCCUUGGGAAUUCCAAAGAACAAGAGCACGGGCAAUCUGGCCGUCAUACCCCCAGAUAACUCCGAAAAGGCUCGGAUGCGCAUGUCGUUUGAUGUCGGGUCAGCAGCGACGGACGGAAGCUUUGCAAGAUCCCCCAUUAUGACGGACCAUGAUCAUGGCUUAGGGCUGUCCGGGCUUCGGAGAAUACGCCAGUCGCAACAUCGCGGUGGCAACGCCGGUACAAUCGGACCCUCAAACCCAGCCUCGCGCAGUCCAUCGCUCAGCCUUUCCCGCUCGACGUCUAUGACCAUGUUGCAGGCCUUGGCCUCAGGUCCUUCUUCGCCCGCCAUCAUGUCUGAAGAUCUGAACCGGUUCCCAUCCGAAUCCCUGCACUCCUUCUCCUUCGCCCACCAGUCGGAAGAAUUCAUAGCCAACCGAAACAAUGUUUUGAAGCGUUCCAUACAAUACAUGCAGGACAGGAUAGGCAGGGCAGCCAGCUCCAACCCGGCGUUGGCGAGCGCCCAGGCAAGAGUCUCGGGUGAUGUCGAAACACAAAACAUGCUAGACCUUUUGGCGAAAGCCAACCUCGUGGGCGUUGACGACCCGUCACAUCCCAACGGCCCACUCACCGGGCCAGCCAAUUUGUCUGCAGAUAAUGUCUUCGAGAAGGAUUUCUUCCCCAGGACCGAGAGCCCAGAGCCCUUUGAGACGACGCCGUCGUCGAAGAAGGGGAAGGCUGCAGCUUUAGCCAAAACUCCAGAGCCUCGCCCGACGGUAUCCUCUGCCGCGGCCGAAAGAGAUAGCUCGGAGAACUCAUCAAGGACACCGACCAACGAGAGCGGGACCACCCAGAAGACUUCACCUCCAGAAACGAGAAGGCCGAGCAUGUUGAGGCGGACGUACACGGAUACCGCACAUGCGUCGAUGCAGUUGAAGCUCAUGGAUGCCAUGGCGCAACCCUACGUCGCCGGACAGUCCGGGUACGCUGACAGCCUGGUUUCUCCUGCAAUGUCUAAUUCCCUGUCAUCCCUCAACAACACCAGCACGAUAGGAUCCUCGGUACAUGGCCACUCCAGCAGGUGGGUCCCAGCUGCGCAGGCGAUCUUCACAACCGAAGCCAAGCCACCGUGGACGAUCCUCGCCGCCAACGACCUCGCCUGCCUGGUGUUUGGUGUCACCAAGGCCGAGGUCCGAAAGAUGGGCAUUCUAGAGGUCGUGCAGGAAGAGAGACGAUCCUGGCUGGAGCACAAGCUCAAGCACGGUGAGUUCGAAAGCGAGAUCGAGGUCGAUGUGGAACCAGAGGUCGUCCAGGAAAAGACGGUGUCACCGAGUCUUCUGGGAGCCCGUGGCGGCGGUAUCACUGCGAAACUUCUGUCCAAGCCAAAUUCAAGGACACAGCAACAGCGCAAAAAGCAAAAGCCUUCCCCGUCACCCCCCAAGAUGUCUUCUGUCAGGCGACCGGAGACUUUUCACAGCGGCGACUGGCGCCCACCCAGGGUCAGUGGUGGAGGGCACUCGAACCACAAGAGCAACAAGUCGAGGGGUGUCCUGUUGUGCGGAGAUGUCGUCCCCAUCCAGAAGCGCAAUGGCGCUACAGGAUCGGCGAGCCUGUGGGUGAAGGAGAAACGCAUAGGCUUGAUAUGGGUGCUUGAGGAGAUUCAUGAAGACGUUGCAUACGUCACCCUCGACGAGGAGGGCACCGUCACGAAGCUGACAGGCAACCUGAGGUCCAUCUGGGGAGACGAGAACCUGCAGCCAGGGGCAGAUGUUGGGAAACUGAUACCACGUGUACCGCGGCAGGGGAUCGACCCCAGAUACGGUGCCAUCGACUACGCUCAGAUCGCGAAGCGAAAAUACUACACCUGCCGCAACUGCGACAGAGUCAACAUCCCAGCGACCGUCGAACAGGUACGGGGAAAGACCGAGCUCCGCGUCUCCAGCUACCCACAUAUCGCAGGCAUUGUCGUCAUCAAUCCAGCGACACUGGCCAUCAAGAGCUCCAACUCGGUAUUUUGCGGCGCCUUGUUCGGCCACGAGAAGUCCGACGGCAUGGCGAUCACCUCGCUCCUACCGGAUUUUGCCAAGAUCCUCCGGAUUCUAACCGAGGAGGAUGGCGUUCAGCUGGUUGAUGGAAUUGUUGUGCCUGAGCAUAGUUUCCGAAAGGCAUCUGCGUUCCUGGGCUUGCGCGAGGGCCGUCCAGAUGCUGCUAACAGCUUUCUGCGGCCGGAGGGGCUUCUCGCAAGGCACAGAGACGGCAGUGAGCUCAAGAUCGAUGUUCAGAUGAGGGUCGUGAAGAGCGAGAAACAGACGAUGUUGCACGAAGAGACCUUGGCUGAACACAGCGACGAGGAGUCUGCGAUUGCUGAAGACCGAUUUCCCGUGACACAGAGUGAGAUGGUCUACGCCUUGUGGAUUACUUACUCCCGGCAUAUCCAUGCCACGAGAUCGAACCUGGGAGCUGCCUCCCCUCUGCUUUCGGGAACGGCAACUCCGCUUCAUCAGCCUUCGCCAGGUCAAACGCCUGCGCCCACACCUGCGGAAAUGGCCUCGGACGAUUCUGAUGAGCCUAGGAAGGAGGCCAAGUCAUCGUCUAUGCUCACCAGGUCAAUCAAGGAUGCUGUCUCCAGCGCUGCUGCGAGGUUCACCGGCUCCAGCCCGCCAAAGAAAGCAGAGUCGGAGAAGCCGCAAGAGAAGCCGGCUGGGGCAAAAGCCGACAAAGCUCCGCUCAAGAAGUCGAUCGACGACUUCGUGAUACUUGAGGAGAUGGGCCAGGGCGCUUACGGCCAAGUCAAGCUCGCCAGGUACAAAGAAAACGGAAAGAAGGUGGUCCUGAAAUACGUCACAAAAAAGCGGAUUCUCGUGGACACCUGGACAAGGGACAGGAAGCUAGGCACCGUUCCUCUGGAGAUUCACGUCUUGAACUACCUGCGGAGAGAAGAUCUCAGGCAUGCUAAUAUUGUAGAGAUGGAGGACUUCUUCGAAGAUGACGUCAACUACUACAUUGAGAUGGUUCCUCAUGGUCUGCCGGGUAUGGACCUGUUUGACUAUAUCGAACUGCGCUCGAACAUGGAGGAGGAUGAGUGCCGCAGCAUCUUUGUGCAGGUUGCGCGCGCAAUCCAUCACCUGCACAUCAAGGCCAAGGUCGUACACCGCGACAUCAAGGACGAAAAUGUCGUGCUGGACGGAGAGGGCCACGUGAAGCUCAUCGAUUUCGGCAGCGCGGCGUACAUCAAAAGUGGCCCCUUUGAUGUCUUUGUGGGUACUAUAGAUUAUGCCGCACCCGAAGUGCUUGCAGGCAAGCCCUACAAUGGCAAGGAGCAAGAUGUGUGGGCACUCGGCAUCCUCCUGUACACGAUCAUCUACAAGGAGAACCCAUUCUACAGCAUUGAUGAGAUUAUGGAUCGCGACCUCCGGGUGCCCUACACCAUCAGCGAUGAGAGUAUCGACCUGAUCCGUUGUAUGCUCAAUCGCGAUGUGGCCCAAAGAUACGACAUCAACCAGGUCUUGGAUCAUCCAUGGUGCAAGAUGGCCAACGACUGAAACAGCGACAAACCGGGUGAGAAAAGU